AUGUAUACCACAGAGUCCGAGGAAGAAGGCCACGAAUUGCGGCGGGUCAAAGACGAGAUACCGUGGACGCUAUGGACAGUUGCCUUCAUCGGGUUUUGGGAGAGAGCAACGUUUUGGGGAUGUAAGUGGCUUGAAUUAUCACCCAAUACUGAUCAGACGCUGACAGUAUGUUUAAUAGUGACCGCACCUUGGCAAAACUACAUGCAACACCCACCACGUCUUGACCAAGAUCAAAUCCCCGGUGCACUCAAUCUUGGUCAAACCACCGCAACGCGCGCGUUCUGUGGAUUCUUCAUACUUUACUUUACGAUCCCUAUCUUCAUCGCGCCACUGGCCGAUAACGUCUUGGGACAGUACAACACAAUAGUCAUCGGUAUGGCUGUAUAUGUCUUGGGAUGUAUAGCACUAGUUAUCAGCUCCUUACCGAGCAUGCUCGACCGAGGAGCUGGAAUACCGGGUCUGGUCGUCGCCAUGGUCUUGAUAGCCAUAGGUGGUGGGAGUGCCCAAGCCGUCAUGAGAUCUUUCAUCGCCAAUCAGUAUACGAACAGAAUAAACAGGAAAGCAAAAUUAUCCGGGUCCAAGAGUAGAGCUUUGAAGUGGCUGAGACGAACAUGGCUCUCCAAGUACCUGCCAGCCUCUUCCCGAGGAGAGGUCGUCAUGAUCGACAGUGAACGUACUCUGAAGUUCAUCUAUAAUCUUUACUUUUGGGUUGGCAACGUAGGCUCAUUGCUGUCGUUUCCAGUUGUGUAUAUCGAGAAAAAGUACGGCUUUUUCCCUGCGUAUGCGUUGGGCUUAGGAUGCAUAUGCAUCGCUUUCGUGAUGGUCAUCCGUGGGAGGAAAUACUUUGUCAAUCCUUCCCGAACCGGAGACGUCAUGAUUCCUGCGGCGAAGGUGAUUACCUGCGCUGCGCGACACGGUUGCCGAAUGGAUUGCGCAGAUCCCGAAUACCAGCUCGAAAAGCAUGGCAAGACGGUGCCUUGGACUAGCCAGUUUGUCAACGAAAUUGCGCGUGCUCUGGGGGCAUGUCGCGUCUUUCUAGCAUUUAUUGUGUUCUACAUCUGCUUCGACCAGAUGCAGAACAACCUCAUAUCCCAAGCGAGCACCAUGAAAACCGGAAGCACACCCAACGAUGUACUGCCAGGAAUGAACCAAGUCGGUUGCAUAUUGUUCAGCCCCUUAGUGGAGUAUGUCCUCGAUCCUAUCCUAGCACGGCGGCGCAUCUACCUCAGACCUGUCACUCGGAUUGUCAUCGGCUUUAGUUUCGUCGUACUCGCAAUGCUGUACGCAGCCGUGCUGCAGCAUUUCAUCUACAUAUCUCCGCCUUGCUUCGAUCACCCAAGCUCCUGUGGGGAUCAUCAGUCAACCGCGCAGGCGCGGCCAGAUGUGUGGUACCAAGCGCCCGUCUACUUUUUGGUUGCUGUUGGUGAAGUCUUCGCCAUGACCACAGCUAUGGAAUACGCGGAAACCCACGCGCCAAAGCAGAUGAAGGUGCUCGUACAGGCAAUAAACAUGCUUGUUACUGGAAUAGGCUCAGCUAUUGCUCUAGUCAUAGCAGAGGGAGCCCGGGACCCAUAUCUCGUACACUUUUACGGCAGCCUAGCAGGUGCUAUGGCUGUCACAACGAUCAUCUUCUACAUCGUCUUUCGCAACUAUGACAGAGAAAUCGUGGCCUCGUCUCUAGAAGAAACCGCCAAUGUCGACAAUGGCCCUGUCAGCACUACUACCAGCCGCCACUCAGAAGACCCUGGACGAGCUUCUCCGGGCUCACCUGUGAGCGUAAUCAUGGUGGUUUUGCGUGACGAAAAGCACACCGAAUCAACUGGCAAAUUAGUCCCGCCCUCAUAA